CAGUUCUCGCGCGAGCGUGGGGCAGUGAUAAUGGCCCUCCGGUCAGUGCUGAUUGCCGUGACGUUGUUCGCAAAAUGUUCGGCGGUACUGUAUCCGGUUCGUCCGAAUUUACCCGAAGAUGCGGAGGGCAUGAUGAUGCCGGACGAUCGGAUAGCGAUAGACGACUGUCACAUGCGGUACUUCAAGUACGGAGGUCAAGGAGUGGUCGCUCCGGCCUACGGGCAGCCGGCCCUGUUGCGUGAGUUCGCCCACAUCGCGGCCAUCGGUUGGACGCGGGCCGACGGUACGGUGGACUGGAACUGCGGUGGCUCGUUGAUCUGGGAAAACUGGGUGCUGACGGCGGCGCACUGUGUCGCCGAUGAUGAAGACAUCGCCCCGGACGUGGCCCGGUUCGGUGACCUGAACAUCUACAGCAACGAGGACGAUCAGUACGCGCAGCAGCUUAAGAUCGUCGACAUCAUCCGGCACACGCAGCACCGGUUUAGCGCCAAAUACUACGACGUGGCGCUGCUGAAGCUCGAAAAGAACAUCACCGUCCACGAGACGGUGGCUCCGACGUGCCUGUGGCUCGACGAUGAGGUGCGCUUCCCGAAGCUCUGGGCAGCCGGCUGGGGUAGAACCGGUUUCGGUGAGGACAAGACAAAGGUGCUACUGAAAGUAGCGCUCACCCCGAUGACUAAUCGCGACUGCUCCCGGUACUACACCACUGCCGAGCGCGGGCUGCGCAACGGUCUCCACGCGCACCACUUGUGCGCGAGCGACGAGAAAAUGGACACCUGUCCGGGUGACUCAGGCGGACCGCUACACGUGAAGCUGUUGCACAACGCCAAGAUGAGCCCGUUCCUGGUGGGCGUUACGUCGUUCGGUAAGCCGUGCGGUCAGGCGAAUCCGGGCGUCUACGCCCGGGUAUCGCAGUUCGGCGACUGGAUCAUGGAGACGCUGCGGAAGGACGAUCGGUUCAUCACGCCGGACCUGUUCGAGCCGUGGUCCUGCGCGCUGCGCUACGUGCAUGUGCGCGAGUACGAGGACGAUGUGGUUGUUUCGAGGCAAAACAACUACGAAACGUACAACUCCGAUAAUGCUCACUUGACGACCGGCGAAAGUCGUCACCGGGUGACCAUUCGGUGGCCCACUACCCUGCUGCCGGCCCGCACCAACUGCUCCGGCGUACUGUUCGAGCCGAACGCCGUGGUGACGCUGGCCGACUGUGCCACCCACAUGGGUGCCAGCCCCUCGAGAGUCAUCCUGUCGAACAACCGGUACCUGGAGGUCAAGGAAACGGUGGUGCAUCCGAGCUACCGGCGCACGGGCGACACGUACUACAACAACAUUGCCGUGCUGAAGCUGGUGGCAGAUGCCUCCUUUCCACCCGCCUGUGGCUGGUACAAGGACACUCUGCCGGACCCACAGUUCGAGGUGAUCGGUGUGGGCCGAGCCGAUCUGACACCCUACAACCGCGACCAUCCGGUGAAGGAAUUGGAUCCCCGACAGAUCUCGCUGUCACCGCGGGCAACCCAUCAGCCCAACGCCGAGUGCCAAUUGGCUGAGCAGUACCGGGCGCAGCUCACCCGGGGCCUUCAGCCGGAGCACCUAUGCUUCUCGAACGUCCCAUUCGUUGUCCCGGGAACGUGUCAGCAGCGUCCGGGCGGACCGAUCGAACGGGAAAUAUGGCGAUUCGAGCGGUACUUCAACUACAUCUACGGAAUCAACCUGUUCGGCCGUGACUGUGGCUUCGGCGAACCGGCCGUAGCGGUACGGUUGAGUGGACACCAAGCGUGGCUCGAGUCGGUCCUGCUGCCAAACGUCCGCCAACAACCGACGUCGGCCACAGCGAGUCACCAAAGCACCGACUCCGUGGUGUUCAUCAACCCAGACCUACACCUGUCCGAUCGCUGCGGGUAUGCUGGCGGCGGGGAAGGUGUGUGUGUGGAGCAUAGCCGAUGUCCCGGUAUCCGGCAGCGCAUUCAGCAAAACCAGCCAGUGAUCUUUUGCUCGAGCGGAUCUGUUGUGUGUUGCCCGAGCGAAGAUCUCCAGCCAGCGGCCAACAACGACGACGGGAUCACGAAGGAGCUGGACGAGUGCGAACAGCGCUACCAGCACCUUCGCCGAGAGCGGCAGCAAAAGUGGCGAGGGUUCCAGCCACUCGAAAAUCGACUGUCCCAUGUGGCCGAGGUCGGAUGGGAAAACGGGCAGCAGAUAGAGUUCCACUGUAGCGCCUAUCUGAUCAGCACGCAGGGCGUCGUGACGGCCGCCUCGUGUCUGCUGAAGCAAAAGGUAGAGCCAUCGAUCGUACGGCUGGGAGGCGUGUGGGCUCACGGGAAGUCGGACAUCGCCAUCGUCAGGAUCGGGCGGCUCGAGAUUCACCCGGAGUUCAACGAAACGUCGUUCGAGAAUAACAUCGCCCUGCUGAAGCUGACCGCACCGAUCACUCCGUCCGUCACCAUGUUUCCGGGGUGCGUUUGGCAGAAUAAGACGCAUACCCCGGUUGAGCUGGGUAUCGUCGGUAGAGGUAGACUCGAACCGAUCUAUCCGACGUACCGGAGUGACUGCAACGAUCAGUUCGUGAAUCCUUUUCCGAUACCGCAAGUGACUUGCAUGUCACCCGGAGCCGGUGAGCACUGCUACGCUGCUGGCGCCCCGAUCGUUUGGCAGAAGAAGGCUGAAACUAACCUGUUCACCGAAUAUCUGGUGAACGUGUACAGCCACGGGCGGUGUAAUGCGACCGCUCCGCGCAUAGUGCACCGUAUGGCGGUGUACGUUGAUUGGUUCAAAGAAGUUCUCAAGUAACAGGAACGUGUAAGCUUCGACUCAAUCGAGCUUCGAACGACCACCACACCGGAUAAUUGUCAGCUAUUUGGGUUGAAAUACAACAUCAAUUUCUGGAUCGGAGGACUUGGCGUGAAGCAGCAGUUUUUUACCAGAGAAAACACUACAAACAUUAGUGGUUAGAUUUACCUGAGAGUGACCACUAUUCCUACCACAAGAAGAUCCAGCCUAAGAUUAGCAACGAUCGUAAUUUCGGCUCCACAUUGUGUACCCUCAGGCGGUUUAUAAAUACAUUUCGCAGUUUCAAAAACAAACCUAGGAAAAAUGAAUGACAAAUUGAGUUUCUAAUGAAAUAUUUUUUUAACAUACAAUUUGUACUUUGCCAUUAUCCGCGAAAUACAAUAUCGUGGCACCCUCGGGAUCUACGGCAAUAAUUUUCAAUGACUUUUUUGCACAACAUUUUGAUUUGGAACUUGUUUGUGAUUCCGAUAUGGACAAAUGAUUUUAUUUCUAAAUAUGCACCGCUGUCACCAACAUCUGUGUUAAGUUAUACGUCAAGAUACUACUUAAUGCUUGCGAUACGGCUCCUUUUGUAAAUAGUUAAAAAUAAAUUCUUCGUUUGCCAUAAUGUCUGAAACUAGUCAAACACGCAUUUCCAUUAAAUUGUUUGUGCGCAAUGAAAUUUCUGCUACCAAAACAGUUGAAAAUGUUUCAUAAAACUUUGCAUCACAUGUUCAUGAUCAUUGCUUCACAAAAUCGACCCAUAUCGUUCCGCAACCUCCUAAACUCUAAACUAUUGACUAUUCUAAACUACCAUAGACGAGAUAGAAACCGAAAGGAAGAACGGAUUGAAGGUUGUACCGGAAGAAGACUUUACGGCAUAUUUUAGAAAUGGAAAUAGCUGAAAAUAACGUUGGCACAAGUUUAUUGGUUCCGGGAGGACUACUUUGAAGGGCAUGAAAUGAAUUUAAAAGAACAAAUAAAGAGGUUUUGAGUUUGUUGCCCACAGUUGGCCACCGAACUAAACGUAGCAAUGAAUGGACACAUUGUGAACAAACGUCAUACGCAUGUAUAACUUACUCUUCAAUACAGAUUUCUCGAAAUGUAGAGCGUGUCGUUAGACAUUUUCACCACGUUUUAAAAAUAAAAAAGAGCCUAUUAUAUGUAAAGAUGGA